AAAGACCAGCAGCUGCUGCCUCAAUGGUACUCUAGCCUCCAUAGAGCUCUGGUCCAAAAUAGUGCACUACAUAGGGAAUAGGGUGCUAUUUAGCCGAAGUAGUCUGGCCCAAUGACUUGGCUCUAACAGUUGUCCUCCAUACUGCCAACUACAUGUUGUUCUAACUGGCCGUCCUCUGAACCACACACUUCCAGUUACCGGAAAUAUGAGCAAUUAUUCCCUUUAGUUACCCUCUCUGGUAACAUUGACAGCAGCUGUUGGGCAGAGGGCUCUGAACAGAUUAAGAGGUUAGAGAUCAGAAGGGUAAAGGUGAAGAAGGGUCGUGGUCACCAUGGUGCGUAAUGUGGACGAUCUGGACUUUUGCCUUGCCUCCCACCCCCAGAGCAUCCUGGAGGGGCUGCGCUCCCUCUGCUGCAUCCCCAAACUAGUGGACGUGACUCUGGCCGCGGGCGGCCGCGACUUCCCUUGCCACCGGGCCGUCCUGGCGCUCUGCAGCGUCUACUUCCACUCCAUGUUCUCCGGGGACUUCGUGGAGAGCAUAGCUGCCCGGGUGGAGCUGCACGGCGUGGAUCCUGACGUAAUGGCUUCCAUUCUAGACUUCUGCUACACAGGGAAACUCACCAUCAACCAGGGAAACGUGGAGGGCCUGAUACGCACGUCCAGUCAGCUACAGUUCCAGGCGGUCCGGACUGUGUGCAGCCGUUAUCUCCAGCACCAGAUCGAUGCCACCAACUGCCUGGGGAUCCUGGAGUUCGGGGAGGUACACGGCUGUCCCGAGGUGGUAGCCAAGGCCUGGGGAUUCCUUCUGGAGAACUUUGAUGCCGUACAGCGCUGGGAGGAGUUUCCUCUGCUGGAGAAGGAGAGGUUAGUGGCGUGUCUGUCCAACGAGAGGCUACAGACCAGGACAGAGUGUACCCGUGUGGAGGCAGCCCUGGCCUGGGUGAGACACCGCCAGGAGUCCCGACUCCCCCACCUCCCAGAGCUUCUGGGACUGACCCGCCUGGCCCUCCUGUCCCCUGACUACCUCACUAACACCCUAAUGAAGGACAGCCUGGUCCUAGCCUCUCUCAGCUGUGUGGAGGUGGUGGAGAGGGUAUGCAGAGAGAAAAUGGACGUGAAGCCAGGAGAUGUGGUACAGAGUGGCAGCCCGAGUCCCCAACCCAACCUGGAGGAGGUGUUAUUCGUGAUGGGAGGACGCUCGUUGGACGACUCAGAUGACGAAGACGACGAUGAUGAAGACAGAGACCCCAGGCUGCUGCCCGGGAACUGUGGCUUCUACAACCCUAAGACACAACAGUGGUAUGAGCUGCCAGUCUUCCCCAACCACAACAAGUACGGAUACUCUGUGGUCUCUCUGAAUAAUGACGUUUAUGUCACAGGGGGCUCGAGGGGUUCCCAAUCCAACACCUGGUCAACCACAGAGACCUGGAAGUACAUAACCAGAGAGGGACGGUGGGUGACGGUGGCUCCCAUGCUCCGGCCCCGGACUAACCACACCUCAGCAGCCCUCAGUGGAGAGAUAUACGUCAUCGGAGGCACUACAAUGGACUUUGUAGACAUUGAGCACUAUGACCCAUACAAUGACACCUGGGCCCGAACAUGCCCUGCAGUGAAAUACGUGACAAACUUCACAGCGACUGCCUGUCAUGGUAAACUAUACGUGAUCGGCUCCUGUGCUGUUAAGUACAACGCCUUGACUCUGCAGUGCUACAAUCCUGUUAUAGACGGGUGGAGUGUCAUCUGCUCUCCCUUCAUCCCCAAGUACCUGUCCUCUCCUCGCUGUGUCUCAGUGGAGGGGCUCAUCUACCUGAUCGCUGACAACACCAAGAAGGUUUACUGCUACGACCCACUGGCUAACAUGUGGCAGAAGGUCCAGCUGCUGCACAUGCUCCAUGAGAACGGAGAUCUUGUGGCGUUGGACAGUCAGCUCUUUGCAACGGGGGGUCACUGGAAGGGCAUGGAGGGGGACUACGGGGUGGAGGUGGAGGUGUAUAACAGAGCUUCUAACAACUGGAAGGUGGAGUGUUUCCUACCAAGGCUCUGGAUCUACAGCGGGGCCUGUUCUGUCUUCCUGGACCCCUCCCAGUGGUCCGACCCAUUCCCCCUCGAUGAAACCUAAAUGGAACAGUCGGGUCCAUGGCAUGCAGCACUUGAAGUGGAAAGAGGAAGGUGCCAAUACUCAUUUUAGGUGCCGGAAGGCUGCUCAUUUUAGGUACAGAUUUUAACUUAAAAGUACUGGUGUAGUCGACCAUAUUUUAGGGGUGAAUAUUCUAGAUGUGCAGUCAGCACUUAAAGGCUCAGUGCAGUCAAAAAACAUGAUGUGCCUGUGUUUUAUUUAUAUUUCCACACUCUGAGGAUGGAAUAAUACUGUGAAAUUGUGAAAAUUAUGACUGUGCCCUUUUAGUGUAAGAGCCUGUUUGGAUGGGAUGGAGUUUUGGCCUGCCUGGUGACAUCAACAGACCGUAAAUUAGUUAAUAGACCAAUAAGAAAGAAAGUUACAAAGCUCUCUGCCAAUUACAGCUAGUUUUCAGUUUUCCACUCCCCACUCGGAACACUCCCAGACAGUCCUAGCAAAAUAAUUGAUUGAGAAAUUGCUCUUUGCUAAUUCAAAUAAACCAGAGUACUUAAUUGUUACCCAGAAAUGAUUUAAUAUGGAGACCUUUAAGCAGUAGAUGCAGGUCUAAUUCAAGCACUGAGCUCAAAGCACUGAGCCCACGGCACUGAGCCUAUGGCCAUGACAGACUGAUCUCAGGGUUAUAGUUCACAGACUAUUGUCAGACUUUUAUGUCCGACCGUCUUGGCUGUCAGUAGCCUAGACUACUGUAUGCAUGUGGAAUGUUGUUCAUCUCUAGAUUAUGGAGGAUGUCUUUGUGCAUUACAAUAGCAGGUUACUUGAUCCUCUAUGCUGCCUUGCCCAAUUCUUCUUCUCUUGUUUUUUUUGUAACAUUAUACUCACGUGACGAUGUGUUUAUUUAUAUGGUUACUUCCUGACUUCCUGAAACAUCUGGUGGCAUCUGCAUGAUUGAGUUUGUUUGUUUGUUUGUUUGUUUGUUGACUUAUUCAAACUUUGUAGAAAAUGUACUGUGAAUCAUAAAAUUUAAACUUUGUAGAAAAUGUGAUGUUUAAUCAAAACA